UCAAGCUUUAAAAUUGUUCGGAAAUGUUGGAGUCAAAUUAGCACACGAUGAGCCCGCGCAUUGUGUCCUGGACCUGCUGCACUUCUGGAAGCGGCAGCAUCAGAGAGUACAGUCAAGUUGGCGAUGGCAUUUAUUUGAAUUAUGGCAGACACCAUUCACUUAGCCUGCUGCCAAUGCCAAUGGCGGAUCUAAUACGCUCGCGCUCGCAUAACCUAGUGCGCAAGGUAACCAUCAUGGGCAGUCACGUGCUGCGUUAUGUGAGCCGGAGCAACAAUCUGUCGCAGAGUCGAUAUAUAGCAAGGGAUUACCAGCGAGAGCUAAUAACACGCCUCGAUCAGAUGAGUAACGAUGGCGUCAACACUCAUUUGGAUGCAUCGAUUUCUGAGCUACAGAACUUCAGAUUGAGCAGAGUUGAGCAGGAGCUUUGCCUGCCCUAUAAAAGUAGAUAUUCUGAGGAGUACAGACAGAAGUUUUUGUUCAACAGCCGCAUGUUGCUCUAUUCGAUGUGCCUCGUUCCGCUGCAGGCUCUAAUUAAGCUUCUCAUUCGGGAGUUGUAUUUUAUGGUCUAGUAUGAAAUAAACUUGCCCUCGCCUUCAAAUAACUUAGAUUUCCAUCUGUCCACACUUCAUAUGCUUGCAUAUACCAAACAUAAUAAAUAAAGUACCG